GAGCCGGCCUUCCUGGAGGAUUUUGUCCUGGGCGUGGGGGACACGCUAGAAAUGUCUUGUGACCCCGAAGAGGACUCUGCCCGCCCCGCCGUUUGGUACAAGGACGGUGCCGUGCUGGUGCCUGGCGAGCGGACGCGGCCGAGCCAGAGGACGCUGCGCAUUGUCAAUGUGUCCUAUGAGGACUCAGGUGUCUACUCCUGCCGACUGGCUCGCAAUAACAAGCUGCUCAGCAAUUACACCAUCAGGGUGACAGAUUCUCUGACGUCCGGUGAUGAUGAAGAUUACGAUGAAGAUCCAGAAGAUGCAGAAGCUCCGUAUUGGACACGUCCGGACCGGAUGGACAAGAAGCUCCUAGCCGUGCCAGCCGCCAUCACGGUGAAAUUCCGCUGCGCGGCGGCGGGCAACCCCACGCCCACCAUCCACUGGCUGAAGAACGGCAAGGAGUUCAAGGGGGAGCAGCGCAUGGGCGGCAUCAAGCUGCGGCACCAGCAGUGGAGUUUGGUGAUGGAGAGCGCUGUGCCGUCGGAUCGGGGCAACUACACCUGCGUGGUGCACAACAAGUAUGGCACCAUCACGCACACCUACCAGCUGGAUGUGCUCGAACGCGCCCCGCACAGGCCCAUCCUCCAGGCGGGCCUACCAGCUAAUCAGUCGGUGGUGGUGGGCAGCGACGUGGAGUUCCACUGCAAAGUGUACAGCGACGCCCAGCCGCACAUCCAGUGGCUUAAGCACAUUGAGGUCAACGGCAGCCGCUUCGAUGCAGACGGUGGACCUUACGUCAAAAUCCUCAAGACGGCCGGCAUUAACACCACCGACAACGAGCUGGAGGUUCUGCUGGUGUCCAAUGUGUCUUUCGAGGACGCGGGCGAGUACACUUGCCUGGCGGGGAACUCUAUCGGCUUCAAUCACCACACGGCUUGGCUCACGGUGCUUCCAGCCAGCCCAGAGCAGGAGGACUACUAUGCCGACAUUCUGAUCUACGUGACGGGCUGCGUCCUGUUCAUCCUGGCUGUGGUCAUCGCCGUCCUCUGCCGCAUGCGCUUGAGCGCGCAGAAGACGCUGCCCGAGCCGCCCGUGCAGAAACUCUCAAAGUUCCCGCUAAAGAGACAGCAGGUGUCCUUAGAUUCAAACUCGUCCAUGAACUCCAACACGCCGCUGGUCCGGAUCGCUCGCCUGUCGUCCAGCGACGGGCCCACGCUGGCCAACGUCUCCGAGCUGGAGCUUCCCUCUGAUCCCAAGUGGGAGUUCCCCCGAGCCAGGCUGACCUUGGGGAAGCCGCUGGGUGAAGGCUGUUUCGGACAGGUGGUGAUGGCCGAGGCCAUCGGUGUCGACAAGGAGAAACCCAACAAACCUCUCACGGUCGCUGUCAAAAUGCUGAAAGAUGACGCCACAGACAAAGAUCUGUCCGACCUGGUGUCUGAGAUGGAGAUGAUGAAGAUGAUGGGCAAGCACAAAAACAUCAUCAACCUGCUGGGCGCCUGCACUCAAGAUGGCCCAUUGUACGUCCUAGUGGAGUACGCAUCCAAAGGCAACCUGCGGGAGUACCUGAGGGCGCGGCGACCGCCGGGCACGGACUACUCUUUCGACACCUGCAAGAUCCCUGACGAGCAGCUGACCUUUAAAGACCUGGUUUCCUGUGCCUACCAGGUUGCCCGAGGCAUGGAGUACCUGGCAUCGCAAAAGUGCAUCCACCGAGACCUGGCGGCCAGGAACGUCCUGGUGACGGAAGACAAUGUGAUGAAGAUCGCCGACUUCGGGCUAGCCAGAGAUGUGCACAACAUAGACUACUACAAAAAGACCACCAACGGUCGUCUUCCCGUCAAGUGGAUGGCACCGGAGGCCCUUUUCGACCGGGUCUAUACCCACCAGAGCGACGUGUGGUCUUACGGCGUCUUACUGUGGGAGAUCUUCACGCUGGGGGGCUCACCCUACCCGGGCAUCCCCGUGGAGGAACUCUUCAAGCUGCUCAAGGAGGGACACCGCAUGGACAAACCCGCCAACUGUACCCACGAGCUAUACAUGAUUAUGCGGGAGUGUUGGCACGCUGUUCCCUCGCAGAGGCCCACCUUCCGACAGCUGGUGGAAGACCACGACCGUGUUUUGUCCAUGACCUCCACGGAUGAGUACCUGGACCUGUCAGUCCCGCUGGAGCAGUACUCGCCCACGUGCCGGGACUCCAACAGCACGUGCUCAUCAGGCGACGACUCGGUCUUCGCCCACGACCCCGCGCCCGAUGACCCUUGUCUUCCCAACGACGACGGCGAGCUCGCCGUUCACUGUCUCGCUCCUUCCGAGCGGGCUCCCAAACUUUGA